GCACUGGCAUCAUGUGACUAUUCUCAGAGGGGCCAAGCAUUUUUCAUUGCCCCCAUGAUAACCCAGUACCAUUAUAUACUACUAAGGAUUCCCACCUAAAACUGCCGGGGCCACAGAACGUUUGGAGCCCCCUUAGCCAGGCUUUGGCCCAUGUAAGGCUCCCUGCUUGCUGAUGGACAACUUUCUGCUAACCCACAACCGCGCUGGGGAUUGCGGGGAUGCAGGGAACUGUAAUUGAGCUAUGGCCUUAAUAAGCGGCAGGUUGCACAUCCCAGAGCCAUAAACCGGUUCGAUGCCUUCCGCCCCCGACUGCUCCCCACACAGCCCGAGAGGUGGCCCCAGCAGCGCGGCGCUGACAGCCAUCAGGGAGCGGGGUGGAGAGCAGGUAGAGCCGAGCGGGCUGAUGAGAUGCUAUAUAGCGCCUAACAGGGACUACCGGGGGCGGAAGGCCCCACCCACAACACACCCAGAGAAGGCGGGGCCGCCAGAGCAUACACACAUUCCCUAUACCAGGCACCACAUAGGAAGCUAGUGCCGGCGCUAGCCCAUAUACACUACGUACUGUGUAUGCUGAGGGGCCCAGCCCAAGAACACACCCUGUGGGUGCUGCUGCUGCGGAGAGAGACUACAGGAACCUGCCCGCACUAUAUACCCUGCCCGCACUAUAUACCCUGCCCGCGAAUAGAGCGCGGGGAUGCAUACAGAGACCCACUCGGUCUUCAAUCUCUGAAAAAUAUGUGGAAAAUUUGAAGAACUGGAAAAACUGCAUACAUUUUGCAAAGGACAACUCGCAUCGACUUCUACAUGAAUUUUCAAGAUGGAGGCUGAAACUAUACGUUCGAGAUUUUCAAAUAUUGCGUCUAGAAAGGUCUUCAAUCUCUGAAAAAUAUGUAGAAAAUUUGAAGAACUGAAAAAACUGCAUACAUUUUGCAAAGGACAACUCGCAUCGACUUCUACAUGAAUUUGCAAGAUGGAGGCUGAAACUAUACGUUCGAGAUUUUCAAAUAUUGCGUCUAGAAAGGUCAAACAGAAGAAACCAUGGCCCUUGCAGACCACACAAGCUGCAUUAGACAAGGAGAAGAGCUGCCCCCAUUCCCUGACAUUAUAGAACUCAAUGUUGGCGGGCAGGUUUAUAUCACUCGGUAUCCCACAUUGGUCAGUGUGCCUGGCUCUCUCCUCAGCGAGAUGUUUUCUCAAAGAAACUCUCGUCCUCUAGCCCGUGACAGCAAAGGACGUUACUUUUUAGAUCGUGAUGGGUUUCUCUUCAGAUAUGUCUUGGAUUACAUGAGGGACCAGCAGCUGGUACUUCCUGACCACUUUCCAGAAAGGCUGAGGUUGCAGAGAGAAGCAGAGUUCUUCAGACUUCCAGAACUGGUAAAGAUCUUAGCACCCAAAGUCAGCAAGCAGAAUUCCAUCGGCGACGAUGCUUUUCAAAGUGACUCCGAGGAGCAGUCGCCAAAUGUAGAGGUGGCACGAAAUUUGGCUUCUGUCAGUGCAGCUCUUGCAGCUGCUGCCGGCAACCAAUCCACCAUGUCUGACCUCCGCCGCUCUGGCUUCAUCACCAUUGGAUACAGAGGCUCUUAUACUCUAGGACGUGACAGCCAAACAGAUGCCAAAUUCAGAAGGGUGGCACGGAUUAUGGUUUGUGGCAAAACUUCCUUGGCCAAAGAGGUAUUUGGGGACACUUUGAAUGAUAGCCGGGAUCCAGACCGACCACCUGAAAGAUAUACUUCAAGGUACUACCUGAAGUUCACCUUCCUAGAACAGGCUUUUGAUAGGUUGGCAGAUGCUGGAUUUCACAUGGUUGCUUGUAACUCCACUGGAACCUGCGCUUUUGCUCAUGACCAAACAGAUGACAAGAUCUGGACAUCUUACACUGAAUAUGUUUUCUACCGUGAGUGACCCAAAUUGCUUAAAUAUCCACUCUCCUACCCAACCUUUUCCUCACCCGUGUCUCCUGCUGAACCUUGUGUAGAGGUAGACUGCAUACUAACUUCUGUGACGUGCAACUCCUGCCAUUACAAUCAUGCAGAACCUUCCUAUAGACUCCAACCCUUUGUCUGUCCAGUAGAAUAAUGCCCUCGGGACUGACCGGAUGAAGAUGCCACCAACCUUGCAGACUUUCCAUUACCUUUUUUCCAGCCCCUCUUAUUUUUUCUUGAGAAAUAGAUGUAUAUAGACAUGUUCCUAAUUUUGUCACUGUAAGAAGGGGUUUUGAUGACAAAAAUCUGCUAAAUGGCCAUAUACUUAUCUAAAGCAGGUAUUUUAUACUCUAGCUUGGUGAGCAGUUAUGAGGCUCCGCUGCAUUUAUUGCUCUAGACUUAAUCCUCUCAGCAGCGCAAUGCUAACCAGCUACAGUGUAUGGGAACCAAGUAUGACCUACGCUUAAGCCACUGUGAACCAUUUUCUGGUAUAAGCUGUUUUCUGACAACUGGCAUGUUGUUGUUGAACUGCCUUCUGUUUCUUACGUAGAAAUGCAUUGUAUAUGUACAUAAUGUUUUAUCUGCAGCAAGCCAUUGUCCAUCUUGUGGCCCCCACAUGUUUUUGACUGCAACUCCCAGCAUCCUCUAGUCAGCCUUUGCCGAUGCUGCUUGUUGUUCACAACACCUAAAGGCCUGCAGCUGGACAACCCUGUUAUAGCCGAGGGAGGCAAAGGCAAUACUACAAAAACUCGCCAUGAAGCACAAUAAUUAAAGCACACAGCUCAUUAAUAAAAUAAAGGGAGUUAUAAAAAUCAAUUAAUAAUUUAAGCAAAAUCUACUUUCUUCAAGUGGAAAAGUACCCCAGGCCAGUGCAUUGUUUGAAAAAGGGGAUUACCAGGCUGGGGUCGGAUCACUGGGGGUUUCUUACAACUUGACCCACUAGAGAGUCUACAUUUAUUUUAAACAGAAAGUUCACCUGUAUAUGAACAAACUUAAGUAUGCUAUAGAUACACCUAUUCUGAACAACCAA